AGACUUCGUUCUCAAGCAUCCAAGGCCCCGCCGCCUGGGUAGGCGAUGCGAGCUUGGGAUGAUGGAGACGGAGUCCCGUCCGUGCCGGAGGACCGCGACGAGGGCGGCAGUAAGAGGCGGCGCAAGCGCGCCAAGCGCUCCCCGCAGGCGGACAAGCCUGGCAGGUGGGUGCGCGGCCUGCCGGCGGACGAGGCCGACCAGCUCGCCUCGCAGGGCCCCGGGCCAAGGCACGCCGCGGUCGCGGCAGCGGCGGGCGACCCGGCAGCGGGCUGCGGGGAAUCUGCGCGCGCCGUGGGCGGGGGCGCCCCUGAGGCUGGCGGCCAGGCGGAGGCAAUGGUGGGCGCUGCGAGUGGGUCGACGAGCCGAAGCGAAUCUUCAUCUGUUCCCUUCGCGAUCGUGGAUUUGAGGAACGAAGAGAAGGCUCUGCUGGAUCAAGUCUACACGGAACUGCUUCGAGAGCAUUUCCCCAUCGCUGAUGAGUUAGACGACCUCGAAGACAUAAGGGCGAAUUUGGCCAAGGAGCCCGACGGCCGUUUUCCAGAGCUACAUCUGCUGGUUGCCAAGCACGAGACAGGGCCCAUCGCAUGCUGCUACUACGAGUUCUACCCGCCUGGGAAUCUCGUCUUGCUCAGCUACAUCUGCGUGCAGAAGGCGUUCCGUGGGUGCGGCGUCGCCCGGCGCUUUCUGGCCAGGCUGGAGGAGAGCAAAUGGGCGAACGGGCGGCGGGCCAGCUCGACGCCAUCUUCGCCGAGACGCACGAGGCGCCGCGUAGAGGGGACGGGGUCAUGGACGCGAAGCAGCGCCAGAUGGCCUUGAGAUCUCUCGGGUUCCGCUGCCUCAAGCACGACUACGUGCAGCCGCCUCUGAGCGAGAAGCACAAGCCGUGUGGGGGACUUCGACUCCUCGUGAAGGACAAGGAGCGCCUGGACAAGUCCGUGGUGAUCGCCUACCUUGACAACUUCGCGGGAAGCGUGUUUGACUACGACGGCAGAUGGAAGUCUGAGGCCUACUACGUCGACCAGGUCGAGGCUCUGGCCAAGGCGGACUUCGUGGAGACCACCCGCGAGCUGCCGUGGUGACGUCUCCGAGCGUCCGCGAGCGCCCGAGGCGGCCUCGGGCUAGCGGGGGGCACUCGACGACCAGAGAACGGGUCUCUGCGCGCGCGCAACGGCCCGCGGGGUGCCUUCCCGACAGGGGCCCGCCGCCGGGGGCUCGCGCGGGCCUCGUGCGCCACGCUUCAGGCGGGCGUGCAGGCCCACGGGCGUCUCCUCUCUUGCUUGUCCCAUUGGCCGCUCCCCGCCUCGGCCUAAACGGGGGCCUCGCGGGGCCCGGGAGGGCCCUGGCCGGGCCGGCCGGGGCGAGAGCACCGCGCCCGUUGGGGAGGCCCGGGAGGGCCGCGGCCAGGCAGGCUUGGUCGCGCAGGGAUCGGCGCGCUCCUCUCUUGCCCGGUGAGCAGCCCGCCAUUCGGAGGAGUAGCGGCGAUCGGCUUUCGAUCCGUAGAGUCGGGCCGCCGGAGAAGUGGCCCUUUUCAGAUUGGGGAGGGAUUUGGGAGAACGCAUCAGUGCUUGGUCUGAGCUGGAAUUUGGCACUUCGAUCGCAUCGAAGAGCAACACCCAAUGACACUCACAUGUUUAAGUGCACGGAGCUGGCAGCCGGAUUUAGUUGGUGAGAACAGGAC